AUGGUACCGGUAGAUCAUGGCCCGCCUGCCGUUCCACUUUCCUCGGGCCCGGUCUCGCCGCAGCCCGUCAACGGAGGUUCUCUGAAUCAAAAGGCAUUUUGGCGGGAAUUGACCACAUUCCUGUCGUCUUCGACAAUGCUUUCAGCGUCUUUAGAAACAACAAAUCAAGGGCCCAGAAUCCCCUCUGUAUCACGACGAAUUGUUGCAGCCAGACUAGAUAACUGGAAACGCUUUUGUAUUCGCAAACGAAUCAUUCAUUAUAGCAGAUCAGUCCGACCGCCAGUUUCAUCUGUCCCAAAUGCGUAUACGGAAACGAUAUCUGUAACCAUGCGGCCGUCUUCAGUUGAACCACAAGCAAAGUGGAGCUUUGGAAAAUUGAAACAGCAACAUGUCAGCCGAAAGCGCAGAGACGCGUCAGAGUUGACGGACGACUCCAAAAAGUUGUUUUUGGCGUCAAUUGACACUCCGAGCCUAGGCAGCUCAGAGUCUCUCAGCUCUUCCGAGGCUGGAACUGAUGGAACACAUGAACUUUCCAGACCUACCUCCCAGAUGGAUGCUUCGUUGGCUGCCGCCGAAACCACAGACUUGGAACACAAACUGGAUGUGGUACCGGUUGAGGACACAUCAACCCAGUCAACCAUCACACCAUCAACAAAAUCAUAUGUCACCUCGGCAGAUCUGAGUCCCUCCAUUGAGUCCGGCUUUACGAGGAAUGUGGAGCUGGCAACAACAGACGAGGCUAACUGGAACUCGUCAGCAAGUCGGACUUCUGCGGCCCUGAUCACUGCUACCAGUCCUAAGUGGAAUCAUGAUGAACCUGUUGCACCUUCCUCUACCACAACCCACAUAUAUCCUGUCUUAUCCUCUUUAGCGUCCGAGACCAAAGCUAUCCCUGUCACAAAUACUCUUUCUACAACCACACCUAGCACUUCAACUUCACUAUUCUCCAGCUCUUCAGAAAAGUCUAUCCCCUAUAGAAAAGAACUGAUUGGAGCUCCUCUUGAUCAACCUUUCUCCGAAGAUCGGACGAUGGCGAUCAAAAAUGCUAAAGAAAUAGUACCUGGAAUGCAAGUUAAUACUACCAAUGGAUUAUACAAUAAGAAUGAUGUAAGUAAAAGCCAUCUUGAAAAGCUUCGUAGAUCAGACAGAAGAAUAGAGGAGGUCAGUACAGUCUCGCCGCCAGUAAAAGAUCGUCGCUACAGGUCCUGUCAUGAAUCUUGUCCUCGACUGCAUGGAAGAGCAUUCUGUUGGGGACCAAAGGCCCAUCACUGUCAAGCGAGUGAGUUUUUCACCAAACAAAUAAUUAUUUAUUUUUCUCAAACUUAG